UAGAAGAUUGUUAUAUGCCGUUUCUGUUGCCGCCGCUCAACAUUUUUCUUUAACCUGAAGUAUAAAAAAAAUACUACAACCCUUCGUUCAUCCUUCUCUAAAACCCUCACACACACUCUCUCUGACUCUCUAACGUAUUUUCUCUCUAAAACCUCUCUGUGUGAAAGUUCUCAGUUUGUUCACUCUCUGUUUAUUGGUUAAGGAAAGCAAAAAUGGCGUCCGAAGGAGGUAACCUGAAGUCGACCUCCAUAAACGGUAUGAAGGUGUAUAGUUUGGCAUCACAGAACCGCUCACACGCCUCUUGGCUUGACCCUAAGAAGCUUCGAGCUCUUCGCAAGGACAAAAAUUACUCGCAAAGGGUGGACUUGAUUCAGGAUCUGAGGUUUGAAACUGCAACCACCAAGAUUAAGGCAACUCCUGAUGGGGAGUUUCUUAUAGCGUCAGGUAUAUAUCCACCACAGGUCAAAGUGUACGAGCUAAGCCAAUUAUCACUAAAGUUUGAGAGGCACUUGGAUUCAGAGAUAAUUGAUUUUCAGGUUCUGGAUGAGGAUUAUUCGAAGCUUGCAUUUUUAUGCGCUGAUCGCUCUGUUUAUCUACAUGCUAAAUAUGGAAAACAUUAUAGUUUGCGGAUUCCAAGGAUGGGGAGAGAUAUGGCGUAUGAUUGCUGGUCCUGUGACUUGCUUUGUGCUGCCUCUUCUCCGGAUCUGUACAGAAUUAAUUUAGAACAGGGACGAUUCCUGUCCUCCCUUACUACACAAUCACCAGCAAUAAAUGUGGUUUCUCGAAGCAAACUCCAUGGGCUGGUUGCAUGUGGUGGUGAGGAUGGGGCAAUAGAAUGUUUUGACUUGAGAAUGAGAUCUUCAGUGGGUAGAAUUGACGCUGUUGCACCCACUGGUGAUAUUGAUCAGGAGGUCACUUCAUUGGAGUUUGAUGGAGAUGGGGGUUUCCAGUUGGCUGUAGGAAGUAGCAGAGGAAAGGUGCUAAUCUAUGACUUGCGUUCAUCUUCUCCUGUACGAGUUAAGGAUCACAUGUAUGGCAGUCCUAUAUUGGACAUUAAGUGGCAUCGUACUCUGAAUUCUGAACACCCAAAGUUAAUUACCACUGAUAAUCAUGUUGUUAGGAUAUGGGAUCCAGAAACGGGAGAAGGCAUGACCAGUAUUGAACCAACGGCUGGAGCUAUAAAUGAUAUUUGCAUAUUCAAUGGCAGUGGGUUGAUGUUGUUAGCUCUAGACUGCAGCCAGAUACCAUCUUACUUCAUACCUGCUCUGGGACCUGCUCCCAAGUGGUGUUCUAACCUGGAAAAUCUAACGGAAGAGCUAGAAGAGGGUGCACAAACAACCAUAUAUGAUAAUUUCAAAUUUUUGACAAAAGAAGAACUUGAGAGGUUGAAUCUGACUAAUCUGAUUGGCACCAAUCUUGUACGAGCCUACAUGCAUGGGUUUUUUAUUGAUUAUCGGCUGUAUAAAAAGGCAAAAUCAUUGGUGGAUCCUUUUGCAUAUGAUGCUUACUUGGAACAGAAAAAGAAUGAGAAAUUGGAAAAAGAACGUGCAUCUCGAAUUACGAUUCGGAAGAAACUACCCAAGGUUAACCGGCAGCUUGCAGCUCGUAUUCUUGAAAAUGGAGAAGCAGAAAAUGAAUAUAAAGAUGCUGAUGUCGAGAUUAAAAAAACAUCCAAGAAAAAGAAAGGAAUUAGCAGUGAAAUAUUCAAAGAUGAGCGGUUUGCAGAAAUGUUUAGAGAUGAGGAAUUUGAAAUCGAUGAGUCCUCCCGUGAGUAUCUGGCUUUACAUCCAGUGGCUUCCACAAAGCAACCAUCUUUAGUGGAUGAACAUUUUGAUCCUGUCAUGGAGGAUGAAGAUCUGAGUUUAAGUGAUUCUGAUGCCUCAGCAGCAUCUCAGUCAUCAGAAGGUGAACUUAGCGACGGAGAUAUUCAUACAAAGAAGAAAGCACGAGUUCCAAGACUGCAUGAAGUUAAGGAUGAGCGGCAUGCAGAGGCAUUCUGGAAUGAUGUUUCACUUGCAAAGGAGGACAAGCUUCCUAUUGGAGAGAGAGUGGCAGCUCUCAAGCAUGAUCAUCGGCCUUCUGGUAUUCCAAGUGACAUCAAGGUUGGGCCAGGUGGAUCACGAGAGAUUUCCUUCGUUUCCAGAAGUUCAGCCAAGUACAAGGAAGAUGACGAGGACAGAGAACAGCAUCGCGGGAAGAAAAGGGGGGUCCAAUCAUUGGGGCUUAAGCCGGAUAGACCAAGAUUUGGAGGCCAAGGAAGGGGAGGAAGAGGAAGAGGAGGAGGAGGGAAUCGUGGCAGAGGUAGAAGAGGAAGAGGCAGAGGCAGAGGCAGUUGGUAAAUGUGUCUUGAAUUUAUAUAUCUGUGAAUGGUCUCUUAAUUCACCUUAUAGCAUGAUCUCGCUGGGUCCAUCUGAUUAUGGUGAUCAGAGUCAUCAGACACAAGUUCAAGUUCAUGACGUGAGCAGAUCCGGUUAAGAGCUGCUUAGGUUUCCUAGUUAAAUUAUGAAUGAGUAUUUUUAAUGUUAUAGCAAAAAUUUUCGUAAUUCCCCCCUUUUUACCUUUGGGGGUGAGUAUACGGAACUGCGAUUUUGAUUUUCCAUAUAUAUAAUAGAUAUAUUAUUAUUCUCAGGUCUCAA